AUGGUUUCCUGGUCUGAUGACGACAGCAGCGAGAACUCUCACCAGUACGCUGACUCAGCUUCAGACGAGGGCAUCAUCAAGAUCCCUGAGACCAUCGAUGACUCCGAUUUCGAGGGCACUGAACCUGAUGUUUUGUGCAAUGAACACUCCCUACCAGCAGAGAGGCGUGUUGCUUUCCAGGGCAUCCAUACUGGCAGGAGGUUCUUUGCUUGUGCUGUGAAGAAGAUCAAGCUGCAGGAAAGUUAUGAGAGGUUGGUUGAAGAUGUCAACAGCCUUUUGGAUGCCCAGGAGCAGAGGGCUCAGAUGGAGAGAGGUAAGAUGCAGAACAAACCUGAUGAGAGCAAGCUGCAGGAGAAGUAUGACAUGCUCAAGAACCUGACAGUUGCUCAAGCCAAUGUCAUUAGGAACAUGAAGUUGAAGCUUGCGGAAGAGAAGAUUAAGUUGCAGGCCCACAUUGAUGAGCUUGAGAAGGUUGUCGAGCAGACCAAGCUAAAGCUGAAUGGGAUCAAAGCCAUCUUAGAUGAAUGA